AUGGCUACUAGUGGGUGGAGAGAAGCAUGUGCCUUGCUCAAGGACAAAAAAAGCGGUGAUCCUUCCGAGAGUCGAACCCACGACCACCUGCACGAUUACGAGCCCAGUGUAGAAGAAGAAAAUGUUCCCCGGAAAAAGUGUCUGGUCAAGAGACCAGACAAAUUGAACAGAUCACGUGACUCGUUCAGUUGCCAUGGUGUCGAAUGGGGGUCCUUGGACACAAACUCGGGGGUCUUCUUUCCUGACCGCUGCAACAGCCCGCAGUACGUCACAGCAAAGCAUAUCUCCUCGACUAAAAAACUCCCGCCAAUCACUGAGGAUACCAGACGAUUGGCGACGCCUAGUGGGUUGGUAAAUAACUAUACAGGCCAGAUCACGUGGCCUGAUCACACGAGUUCCUUGCGAAUCCCAUCAAUCAGCGAGAUGAACAAGAGCAUGGAUGAACAGAUUCUUGCGGAGGCGUUGGACAAAUAUGCGCGAAUUUCGGAAAAGAAACCAGACGGCGGUUCAAGGUCACGCCUCUCUGCAAGGUCACGGUCACCGUCUGGCAAGACUUGGCGUAGCAACCCGCACGGAAACCAAUACACGGUUAUCCCCCUAGCGUCAGGGAGUGGAAGCAGCACGCCAACGAGUGCGGACAACUUCCAGACCAACCGGAGCAUCACCUCGACGACCUCAAAGCGCGCAAAGAAAGCCUACAAAGGCCGCGGCCUCAAGCGAGCGCUCUCUGUGGGGACAUCGCCCCUGGACGAGUACAUUGCAGACCGGCGGCACUCCAGGACUACGCGGACUCGCCCCUGGACAAAGAAUAUGAAGCAGUCAAAGGCUUGGCAGACUACUCCGGGAGCCACUGACAACGAGAAACCGCUUGAGGUGUACUACGAAUCACACGUCCCGAAAGGAAAGUGGAUCAAGUUCCGACCGAUGGUGUACGCACAUAACCACAAGCAUGGACUCAAGUACGAAGUGAGAGAGAAUUCCCAAUUCCCCCGGUUAGGUGGGCCGCCACCGAAAAGCUAUAUGUUUGACAACAACUACAACGUUUGGUUGUAUGAGAAGAAAACCGGAGAAGAAAUCGUAAAAGAGAAAGAGAUUGCCCGAGAGACGGACAAGCGGAUGAAGAUUUACGAGCGCCACAUUAUGCCGAAAGGAAAAACUAAACAUGCGCGGGCGCACAGGGACAUAGUGGAGUCUUUUCACUGCCAUGAAAUCAACAGAUUACAGCGCAAGGAUGCGGCAUUGAUUCUGCAGAAGUGGGUACGAGGUUGGCUUGUACGGAAACGGAUGAGAAAGCUGAAACGUGAGACGAUGAUGUGGCACAACAAAUCAUGGUCAGGCUUCGUGGACGAGUACAAGAAAGUGUGCACCAGAGUUCAACAGCGGCACGGCAUCCAGAAGGGAUCAACGCCAUUCCAAUUCGAGGAGGUUGAGGAGUACAUGAAGAAAAAGAAAAAGUACGAGGAUGUGUUUGACAAGCUGCAGGGGAAUGGAAAACUUCCCAGGGAGAUGCUGAAGGCCUUCUUCAGCAGGUGCGACCUGUACCCCUCCGACAACGAGAUCGCAACCGCAUUUGAUACUGUAUUUAGAGGUUGCGGUUCCCAAGCCGACAUCAUCUUCCUCCUCGACCUGUCAGCGAGCAUCGGAGAGCACAACUUCAGGGUGCAGAAGGACUUUAUAAAGAGCGUUGUGACUCGGCUGCAGAUCGGUAAAGAACACGUGAGGGUUGGGGUGAUACCCUACAACGACGAUCUUGUGGAGCCGAUUCUUCUUGGGCGGUGGAACUCGAAGGAUACGCUGUUUGAUGCGCUAGAAAAGAUUCCCUUCAUUCGGGGACUGACACAUACACACUUGGCAAUAGAACACAUGAGGUCCACAUUUAACGAUCAUGCGCGGAAAGAUGUCCAGAAGAUAGGCGUGGUCCUGACAGACGGAAGAUCUUACUACGAGCACCACACGCACAGACAGGCGGAUAAGGCGAAGCUGGAGGGCUGUAAACUCUACGCAAUAGGUGUAGGCAGUGUGGCAAACCGAGCCGAGCUCCAUCACAUCGCAACGGACCCUACUUACAUUGGCUCCAUAUACGACACCCACGUCAUUGAGAAGAUAAAGACAGACGUUUCGAGAUCGUCUUGUUUACGAAACUGUUCCUUGUGCCAUUACGUGACGCCGGACGAGUGCAAGAGUAAGGCACGUGGUCUCUUCAAGAACGAGGUCAUGGACAUCCUGUGGACCAUCUACGUUCCCAAGGCAACCGGUCUCAAGGACGUUCGAAGGUCAACAUGGGUGCGGCCAAUCGUCCAUGAUGAGGAGGCGGCCAAGUGGAUGGGGUUGGUUCAAAACAUGGAAAGUGAAGACUUCCGCACGUGCCUACGGUAUGUUAUAAAAUGCAAACUCGAACGCGAAGGCGGAAUGAACGUGUUGUCGAGCACGGCUUUGAAUGGUGUCGAAAGGGUCACGGACUGGGACGCUGCGGUCAAGAGUGUGGAGGAAUAUAUGAAGUUCAUUGAUGAUAAAAAGGAGCUACAUAACAUUGAAACUAACUUCAUGAAACGGAGAUAUUUGGAGCGAAAGUUACUCCAGGAUCGCGUGGAUAAGCCGGAGUAGGCCAGGGGA